AUGUCCUUCUUUAGCGCCAAUCGAUUCAUUCCCAGCGCCUCUCGCUUCUCGCACAUCACAAGCUCCUACCGCGCCUUGAGGAACAUGUUCUCCACCGAAACCGCCACGGAGAGCGAUGCUGCCGACGCCCACUCGUAUCUACUCAACACCUCGCAUGACCUGCUGGAAGACCACCUCGCCGCCAAGGAAUCCGAGCUGGACUUCGCCCUGAAGGAUGAGCACAUCGACGAUGUCACCUUUUCCGCCUUCGACCACGGCCCUCUGUACGACCGCUACGAUGAAUCGGGCCCGUCGUCCGUGCAGCCUGGCGAUAACAAUGAUUUUUCUGAGCCCGGCGGCAGUCACAUGAGCCUGAAAGGCGACGGCGACGACGCCCGCCCCGCCCUCGACGGCACCGUGGACCAGCAGCAUGUGCCGGUGGAGCAUGCCACCACCCCCCAAGACGCUGCAGCCCCUGUCGCCAUGCACGUCGACGGCCCCAACAGUAUGUCGAAGAUGAUUUCUGAUGAGUUUGAGAUGAGCCGCCGCACCUCCCUGAAAGAGGGGACUCCCGAGAUCAAUGUCGCAAUCCCGGCAGGUGCGACUGGUCUUGUUGACGAAUCCAAUAAUCCAUUGUCUGGCGGUGCUCAGAAGCGCUCUGUGGGCGGCAAGGAUACGCCGCAGUCCUCCAACAUGUCGAUAAAGCAGGAGUCCCCCGGCAUUACCACACGGCCUUCUGGCUACCCACCGAUUGGAAAAAACUUACCUGCAUUCAGGGUCAAAUCAUCGAUACCGGCGCACAUAAACGUGCUGGAAUUCGCGCGACAGUGCAUCUUGGCAGCCCAGUCGUCGAGGCUCAAUCCAUUCGCCUUGCACCCUGGCGAGUACGAGCUUCUCAGGAACCACAUCACACAUUCUCAAGUCACCGUGUACCUCAACAUCCGAAACGCCAUUCUCCGGCUUUGGACGAGGAAUCCUCUCGUCGCAGUGACAAAGUCAGAAGCUGCGGGGUGCGCGAGAGAUGCCCGGUAUUUCAACAUGGCGCAAGUGGCGUACAAGUGGCUCGUGCGGAACGGCUACAUCAACUAUGGUUGUAUCGAGCUUCAAAGCACUGCCGGGCCCAUAUCGAGAGCCAAGGCCAAAGGCGGUAAGCGGAGGACCAUAGUCAUCGUGGGAGCUGGAAUGGCGGGGCUGGGUUGCGCCAGGCACCUGGAAGGCCUGAUCGCGCAGCUUGGAGAACAGUGGACGAACGGUGGCGAAAGGCCGCCUCGAGUGGUGGUGCUUGAAGGGCGCAAGAGGAUUGGCGGUCGUGUAUAUUCGCAUCCAUUGAAGAACCAGAGCAAGAGCACGCUUCCUCCAGGACUCCGGAACACCGUCGAAAUGGGUGCACAGAUCAUCACGGGCUUUGAGCAUGGGAAUCCUCUGAACUGCAUCAUCCGCGGACAGCUCGCCCUCCGGUAUCAUACCCUCAAAGACGACACUAUUAUCUACGACACCGAUGGGGCUGUGGUUGACCAAGAGGGAGACAUGCUGGUUGAGGGCCUCUACAAUGACAUUCUGGAGCGAGUCAGUCGGUUUAGGAAUAAGCCUCCACUGCCGCAAACCGUUGAAGGGGACCGACGUCUCAUCCAGUUGGGCCGGGACCCCACGAAUGAUUCUGGAGAUCUCAUCUCGUCGCUUGAGGAUGCCGGAGCAUCGCAGACGGUACCCAGCUUGAGUUCCAACAAGAUCAAGAAGACGGUAAAUCCGAACGCCUUGAUGGGGGUUGAAAAGUCGGCUGGACGGGCGUACACGCUUGCUCCUGGCUCUGGGACUAACGUAUCAGCUGCAGACGCAGCAAGUAACAUGGGCUGGCAGCUGAGACCUGACGCUUCGGUCAUGGAGAACCUGAAUCUCGACUCGGUGACGCAUGUUCCAGAGUUUCCAACAUUAGGCGCAACGAUGGACGAAGCCGUCAGGCAGUAUCAAAACAUGGUGCAGAUGACUCCGAAACACAUACGACUUUUUAAUUGGCACCAUGCCAACAUGGAAUAUUCUAAUGCCGCUCACGUAAAUGAGCUGAGCCUUGGAGGCUGGGACCAGGACAUUGGGAAUGAGUUUGAAGGACCUCAUUCGCACAUUAUUGGAGGCUACCAGCAGCUACCUCGAGGCCUUUGGCAGAGCCCGACCAAGCUCGACGUCCGCUUCAACAGCCCCGUAAGAUCUGUUCGCCAAGAAAACGCGCGUCACAUCGUGGAAUGCGACAACGGCGACAUGAUCGAAGCCGACGAGGUUGUGGUCACAAUACCUCUCGGCGUCCUCAAGCGGGAGGCAAUCAUCUUCAGCCCCCCUUUGCCGGAGUGGAAGACGGCGCCAAUCCAGCGGUUAGGGUUCGGUCUGUUAAACAAAGUCGCUUUGGUCUACGACACGCCUUUCUGGGAACCCGAUCGCGAUAUCUUCGGCACUCUGAAUGAGGCCGAGCUCCGAGACAGCAUGGAGCAGAAGGAUUACGAAUCCCGCAGGGGGCGAUUCUGGCUCUUCUGGAACUGUAUCAAGACGACUGGCCGUCCGACCCUUGUCGCGCUUAUGGCCGGCAACGCCGCGCACGAUACUGAAGUAACAGAUGAUCAGGAGUUGGUUCGCGAGGUGACGGACCGCUUGUCCAAAAUGUUUGCACCAGCUGUUGUUCCGCUCCCGACUGAGUAUAUUGUGACGCGGUGGAAGAAGGAUCCGUUCGCCGGUGGCAGCUAUUCUUUUAUGGGUCCGACCGCGCAACCAGGCGAUUAUGAUGCCAUGGCACGACCAAUUGGCUCGCUGCAUUUUGCUGGCGAGGCAACCUGUGGAACUCACCCGGCGACCGUUCACGGCGCAUAUCUGUCCGGACUGCGCGCAGCUUCAGAGGUGGUGGAUUCGAUGCUCGGGCCAAUAGAAGUGCAGCAUCCCCUGGUUGCACCAAAAGCGAAGCAAGGCAACCCCUCAUUGGGCACUGGCGCUGGCACGAAGCAUGGCCGCGAUGAGAUGGACUCAGUCGAGUCGCGCAACGUAAGACAGGCCAGGAACGAGGAUUUGGAGAUUUCGAUCACAGCAGCGAUCCUCGAGCAAAUCGGGGAGCGGCCUCACAAACCGGAGCGAACAGGCAACAAUCCCUAUCUGCUGUACACCAGGGACCAUUGGCACAGCGUCAAGGCAGAGUGCGACGAGCAACGCAGGGCUGCUACGGGAGAUGCAAGCGCAAAGGCGUCAAAGGACCAUAUUCGCACGGUGCUGGGUGCGAAGUGGCGUAAUGCACCCAGCCAGGUGCAACAGCCAUACCUCGACGAGGCCAGCAGGCUGAAGGAAGCUAGCGCCACAGCUGCAGCAGAGUACAAGGCCAAGGCAGCCGUUUGGGAGAAGGAGGCCGCCCGGAUCCGAGCAGAAGUCACGGCCGGGAACUCUGCGCUGGGAGGCGAUUCUUAG